AUGAUCUACACAGCACCCACUUCCAGUGGCAAGUCCCUAGUGGCUGAUCUGGUGAUGUGGACUUCUUUCUAUUUGGAGUUUCCAGUCGAUAUUCCAAGGCCCCUGUGCAUCUACUUGUUACCCUUUAUAGCACUGGUGAAAGAGAAAGCGAGGACACUAAGCAAAAUAGGGGAGGAGUUAGACAAGAAGGUGGCUCCCUUUUACUUUGGUGCUCCCAUUGUUAAUGAAGAAGACAUAGAUGUGGCCGUCUGCACGAUCGAGAAAGGAUCCCAGCUUGUUCAAAAGUACUUGUCCUGUAAGGACAGGACAAUUCUGACUAUAGUUAUAGAUGAAUUCCACGUGUUCUUUACUCAGGGUCGCGGCGAGUUGAUAGAGAAUCUAAUCAUCAAAAUAAAAGCCUUAUCGGAACGCAGACUGGGAGAAAAAAGAAAGGAGUCGUUGCAGUCGUCAGGGAGGAGGCAGUCGUCAGAAAGGGAAGAGGCGGGCCCUGAAGACGUAAUGGGGGAGGCGGCCGCCCUUCCUGACGGCUAUGUGACCAUAGGGGCCACCGGCGGCUUGCGGCACUACAAGGGCGAGAUCCAGAUUAUCGGCAUGUCGGCUACCUUUCCAAACCGUUCUCGUCUUCGGGAGUGGCUUCGUGCGGUUGACUAUGAAGCCACGUAUAGACCGGUCGAGCUGAAGCAGUAUCUGGUAUUGGAGAGAAGGACAUUGCUGUGCGAGAGAGAGCGCCAGCUAGUUCCUUGUGACCCAAUUGAGGUUCUAAAGCCAUCAUGUGGCGAGCUGGGGUCAGCUCCGGUAAAGUCAGCUCCUUUGAAGUCAGCUUCUUUGAAGUCAGCUUCUUUGGAGUCAGCUCCGUUGGAAUUCCGGCAGUCGGUGCUUACGGUCCCCUACCUAGCACUGCAGCCGUAUAUCGAGAGAAAUCAUUCUGCCCUCCUCUUCUGUAGCAGUCGGAAAGGUUGUGAGGAAUGGGCUUUACGACUGGCGAACCAUUGCGAGGAGAGAAGUUUUCGGCCUCUAAGUCCACAUUUAACUAGGGUGGUUUUACUGUUACGAACGAGUGCUUUGGGCACGUGGGGUACUUCUCGAGCGGAGUUCUGGAAUGCUGUUGUUCCUUAUGGUAUUGGCAUGCACCAUAGCGGGAUGUCCAACAGUGAGAGAACGAUUGUGGAAGAGGCUUACAGACACGGAGUCCUUCGGGUGCUGACCGCCACUAGUACUCUUGCAGCAGGUGUGAACCUUCCUGCGUCACGAGUGGUAUUCAACAGACCAUUCCUUGGCCGGGAUUUCAUAACCACGAUGGACUACAGGCAAAUGUGUGGUCGCGCUGGUCGAACAGGGCAAGGCUCUUACGGAGAGUCAUUCCUUGUCUGUCAAAAGGAAACAGAUUUUGAGAAGGCGAAAACCGUAGUUCUCGAUGACUUGAAAGCCAACCGGACACGCUCAGAUGAAGCGGCUCAGCGUCUAAUACUCCAGGCAUGUAGUCUUAGUGGAGAAGAGGGGCUUUGCCCGAAUGAUCUACAUUUCUGGCUGAAUAUGAGCUGCGAUGAACACGAUUUGCAAGAGCGUCAAGCCGAGCACCUUAUGAAUAGUCUAAUACGACUGGGACACGUAAUCCGGCACUAG